AUGCGGUGUUGGGUGACUAGAUCGAAGCAUAUGUUUUUUUUUUUUAAAGAAGAAAAAAUAUUCCAUCAAUUUCGUUCAUUCCUUUUUACUACAAAUGACGAUUUAUAUAACAAAUUAAAAUAUGAUAAUUAUAUGAUUAAAUUAGUAAAAAAUUUGAAAAAAAAAAGUAACGAAAAUGUUGGUGGAUAUGCUAAUAGUAAUGAAUAUAAUGAGAAUACCGUCAUGUCCAACAUUGAUGCAGGAAUGUGUUAUCUUUAUAAAAAUGUAGAUAUUAUAAAAAAAAACAAUAUUGAUAAGAAAGAGACGAUGGUAUAUAGUUACAAAAGCAAUAAUAAUUUAAUUAGUUUAGAAAAUGCACAAAAUGAAAUAAAUGAACAUAAUUUUAAUUAUAAGGUUAUUACUAGCCAAAAUAAUAACAAAAAAAAUAUAUGUAUAAAUAAUAUAAAAAAGGUGUAUAUAUUUAUUAUGAAUAAUUUAAAUAUUUUUACUGUAGAUCAUGUUUUAUUAAUAUUAUAUAGUUUUUUAUUUAACAAUGUACAUGUAGAAUAUUUAAGACAAAUUAGUGAACAUAUUAUAAAUAAUAUUUAUAAUUUUAAAACGAGUGAAUUGCUAUUAGUUCAUUUAUUUUAUGUAUACUAUGAAAAUGAUAAAAGGAAUUCAAAAGAAGAUUAUUUUAAUUACAAUGAUGGAUUACUAUAUUAUGAUAUAAUGUCUCGUUGUAUUUAUGAAAACAAUGAAUUAAUACGAAAUAUAUCAGGGUUAGAUACCAAAAAGGAAAUUUUAAAAAAAAUUAUAUUAACAAAUUUUGAAAAACAAAAUUUAACUAACAAAAAUAAUAUUCAAAUAAAUGCUUUAGCCAAAAAUUUAAUGAAAUAUAGCACUUAUUUAUUUUAUAAACGAAAAAAUGAUUUAAAUUUAGAUCAAAUCACAAAAAUAUAUUUUUUAUUUACCACUUAUAAUAUAUACAAUAAUGAAUUUUUCAAUCAUUGUGUUAAUAUAUUUUUCGAAAUUUUAAAAUCGUUAAAUCUUAACAAAUUAAAAAACAAAGACAAUGAUUUUGUAAUAAAAAAUGAAAAACUAAAUAUUCACGAUAUAAAUAAACUUCACAUGAUUAUUCAGUGUUUCUACUACAUAUCUGGAAUAGCAAAAAAAGAUACUAUAAUAGAUGAAGAAAAUAAAAAAAACAAAAAUAUAUACAAUACAAAUUUUUUUUAUGAUUUUUACAAGUUUAUCAAAACGAAUUAUACCAUACUUAGACAUGCUAAUACACAUCAUUUAUUUUUACUAUUAAAGAUGAUAGACAAUAUUUAUUCAAUUGAAAAUGGCAUUAACUAUGAUUCAAUUCAUCAAUUUGAACAAAAUGAAGAUGCUAAAUUUAUUAUUUUAUGUCUAAUCGAUGAGAGAUUAAAAUGUGUUUCUCAAUAUGUUAAUGAAUAUCCCCCUACAAAAUGCAAAAAUAUUGUCAAUUGCAUAAAAAUAUUUAAUCAUAUUCCCAUUCUAUAUUAUGAUUAUUAUUGUUCAAAAUUUGGUUUUAAUAAAAAAAAACAAAAGUUUGAAAAAUCUUCCUCAAAUUUCAAUGAAAAUCAUUUUGAUAUUUUGUUGUCUUCUAAAAAUUAUGAUAAAGAUAGUUAUAAUCUAGAUAUUAAGACAAACAAUUUAGAUUCGCCUGAAAUCGUAUCAGAUGAAUUAAAUUACGUACAUUUUUUAAAAAAAAUGAAUUAUUUCAUUAAUAUGAAAAAUGUUGAUUUAAAAAAAUAUUUGUCAAUACUCCUUUUAACGAUAGGAAAAACUCCAAAUUAUAAACACAUGUUAACUUAUUUUAUAAACAAUUUAGAAACAAGUACAAAUAAUAUAAACCUAUUAUUAUUUUAUACUGAAUCAAUUAGUACUUAUACAAAUAAUAUAUAUAUAUUGUUAUAUGUAGAUUAUUUUGUCAAAAAAAUUACAGAGAAAAAUAAAUUAUCAAAUACCUAUAAAAUAGGGGCUGAUAAAAUAGUAAUAUUAUUAUCAUGUCUUCGAAAUUUUAUAAAUAAUAAAAACUAUAUUAAUCAUCAUAAUUUUUAUAAUAAAAUGGAUGAUAUAUUGGAAAAAUAUAAUUUUGAAAAAAACUCUGAAGAAUUUUUUAUGUUAUUAUACAAAAAUAAACCAGAUAUAUAUGAACAUGUUAGCCAACAUUUGACAACUAUCAAUAUGAAAAAUAUUAUAAAUUUAGAACAAUUUCUUUUUCAUUACUCAUAUAAAAAUAUGAUUAUAAAUACGUUUAACUGUUUAAAGGAUUUAUUAUUUUACAUAAAUAAUACAGUAUUAAUAUACAAUAUUUUAUACUUAUUUUUAGUUAUAAAUAAUUACUAUAAUAAAUUUGAUAUUAAUACUUGUAGUGUUGCAAAUAGAAUAGCACAAAUAUUUUUCCAAAAAUUAUUUAUUUUUAAAUUUUUAAAUAUAUAUUCAGAUCAUCAAAAUACACUUUAUAAUGUUAUUAAUAAUAUUGCAGUUUAUAUUAAAUUAAAUAAAGAGAUGGACAAUGAUUUAUUAAAAUAUAUUAUUAAUAUAUAUUUGCAUAAUGAAAGUUCACCCUUAAGUGACAAUAUUUAUGACCAUAUUGCUGAUCAGAUUAGACCUAUUUAUAAUAAUAAUUUUAAUUUAGUUUAUAAAAACGGAACUUAUAAUUUAUCUACAAAUCCUCAAAUCGAUCAAAAGGAGAUAAUUGCAUUAACCAAUACCAUGAUAGAAAAUAAGUAUGAUUUAUGCUUAAUUAAUUUAUUUAUUUUAUUUUAUCAAAAAGCUAAUUUCAAUAAAUUGUAUGAAGAAAUUAGGGACUAUUUGUAUGCCCAUGUUACUGUGUAA